AUGCCUUCCGCUGGGCUCACCAUUCGCGACGUCACGCCCGCCAUCACGACCUUCUCCGCGCCGUUCAACCGCUUCGCGCCAUUCGGCUACCGCAAGUUCGUCGCUGUAGGCAAUCGGGCAACAGCCAUCCGAUUGCACGACAACCGCAUCCUUCUCCUCAACCCUAUCCUGCUCGAACAAGCGGUGCGCGACAAGCUGAAUGAGCUUGGAGGCGUUGAUCUCGUUGCGUGUGAUCUUGGGCAUCACAUGUAUGUGAAGGACUAUAUCAAUGCAUGGCCAGAAGCAAAGACAAUCGGCGUUCCGGGUCUGGACAGCAAGAGGAAAGACGUGGAGUGGGACUACAUCUACGAGGACUGGCGGACAAGUCCGGAAGACCAGUUUGACUUUGCGCAGGACAUCGAGACCGUACUGUUUGAGGGGUUCAUCACAUACUGUGUCGCUUGGUAUCACAAGCCGACGAUGACACUGAUACAGUCUGAUCUGAUGAUGAAUCUACCAUGCACCGAGCAAUAUGAUCCUAGCUCGUCGCACCAAGGUCCUUUCUCGCGCGAAUUCGCGAAGCGUGCACACCCUCGAUCGAUAUGGGCGAAACGCCUCGUUUACCAUAUUGCGACCGUUGACUAUAUUUUGAUGCGACGCGAUGCGAAGAAAGUGGCGGAAUGGCAGAUCGAGCGAAUUAUACCUUGUCAUGGAGAUGUCCUCGAUACUGGCGGGAAUGAAGCCUGGGCAAUGGUGUACGAUUGGUUCUUGACCGGCGAACCCACGCCAAGCCUGAUGAAGAGACUUAUGAGCCCCGUUAUGAGGGUCGCCAGAAGGGUGUUCUUGAUCUAA